AAGCUCCAGCUCCGAGCCCGGGGAGCGGCCGCAGAGGCUGCCCGGCCCCGCCGCCCCUCCCGCCGUUGGCGCCUGCUCCGGGCCCGGGGGCCCCGGCUGCGGUCUUCACCAUGAGUGUCCCUGACUACAUGCAGUGCGCCGAGGACCACCAGACUCUCCUCGUGGUGGUCCAGCCCGUGGGGAUCGUCUCGGAGGAGAGCUUCUUCAGGAUCUACAAGAGGAUCUCGUCGGUGAGCCAGAUCAGCGUGCGUGACUCGCAGCGCGCGCUUUACAUCCGCUACCGGCACCACUACCCGCCCGAGAACAGCGAGUGGGGCGACUUCCAGACCCACCGCAAGGUCGUGGGCCUCAUCACCAUCACUGACUGCUUCUCAGCUAAGGAGUGGCCGCAGACCUUCGAGAAGUUCCACAUGCAGAAGGAGAUCUACGGCUCCACGCUGUACGACUCCCGCCUCUUCGUGUUCGGGCUGCAAGGGGAGAUCGCGGAGCAGCCGCGCACCGACGUGGCCUUCUACCCCAGCUACGAGGACUGCGCGACGGUGGAGAAGCGCAUCGAGGACUUCGUGGAGUCGCUCUUCAUCGUGCUCGAGUCCAAGCGCCUGGACAGGGCCACGGACAAGUCCGGGGACAAGAUCCCUCUCCUCUGCGUCCCCUUCGAGAAGAAGGACUUCGUGGGGCUGGACACAGACAGUAGACAUUACAAGAAGCGGUGCCAGGGGCGCAUGCGGAAGCACGUGGGGGACUUGUGCCUGCAGGCCGGGAUGCUGCAGGACUCCCUGGUCCACUACCACGUGGCGGUGGAGCUGCUCCGCUCGGUGAAUGACUUCCUGUGGCUUGGAGCUGCUCUGGAAGGGUUGUGUUCGGCCUCUGUCAUCUAUCACUACCCUGGUGGAACUGGCGGUAAAACUGGAGCUCGCAGGUUCCCGGGGAGUGUGCUUCCUGCAGAAGCGGCCAACAGACAUCGACCAGGGGCCCAAGAAGUUCUCAUUGACCCAGGUACAUGA